AUGACUGAGGAUAUCGAAUUUGUGCAAGAGAAACAUAUCCAAUAUUUGGAAUCUUAUACAACAAUAAAAAAUGCAGAAGAACUAAUAUUUAAUGAAACUCUAAAAAUGUGUGGAGUUUUUUAUUUCCUUUGUUCAUGUAAAAUUUUAUCACAUACAAUAGAGAAAAAAGAAGAGUUCAUAAAUUUUAUUUUAAAAUGUCAAAAUGUUGAUGGUGGUUUUGGAAAUAAUAUAAAUUAUGAUUCGCAUAUUGUUUCUACACAUCAUGCUAUAUUAUCAUUACUUUUAUUGAAUUAUUCUUUUGACAAGAUUAAUGAAUAUAUGGAUAAACCAAAUAAUCACCAUGAUAUAAAUAAUACAAAUGAUAAUAAUAAUAAUAAACUUUAUUUAAAUAAUACAAAUGAUAAUAAUAAUAAUAAUAAACUUGAUUUUAAUAAUACAAAUGAUAAUAAUAAUAAUAAUAAUAAACUUGAUUUUAAUAAUACAAAUGAUAAUAAUUACAAUGUAUAUUCUAAAACGAUACGAGAAAAUACAUGCAAGUAUAUACUAACCUUAUUUAAUGAAGAUGGCUCCUUUAAAGGAGAUAUGUGGGGAGAAGUUGAUACAAGAUUUGUUUAUAGUGCAGUUAGUUGUCUAACCAUAUUAAACAAAAUUAAUUUAGUUUGUGUAGAUAAAAUCUCAUCAUAUUUAUUAACAAAUUAUGCUAUAUGUGAAAAUGGCUUUUCAUGGGUAAGUGGAAAUGAGCCACAUGCAGCUAGUGUUUUUUGUUGUAUUGCCACAUUAUUCUUAAUACAAAAAUUAUAUUUAAUUAAUGAAAAUAAAUUAGCUCAUUGGUUAAGUCUUAGACAAACUACUAAUGGAGGUUUUAAUGGAAGAGCUGAAAAAUUAACAGACACUUGCUACUCUUGGUGGAUUUUCUCUACCCUUAUUGUUUUAAAAAAAUAUAAUUGGAUUAAUAAAAAUGCUUUAAAAAAUUAUAUUCUUCUUUGUCAAGAUAUUCAAAAAGGUGGUAUAAGUGAUAACCCUGAUUGCCUUCCAGACAUUUGCCAUACCUUUUUUGGAUUAGCCGCUUUAAGUUUGAUAGAUAAUCUCAACGAGUCCGAAAAAAAAUAUACGCUGCAACAAAUGCACCCCGUAUAUGCAAUUCCUGUUCAUACGGUUAAGAUGAGGAAUUUGCCUUAUCACGACAUAGACAUAAUUUAA